UGUUCUCGUUUAAUAUGGUUUUAAUUGAUUUGGUCUCUGUUGAUUAUGCUAGUCUAGUUCGUUGUAUGUGUUCUGGUUUCAAAAUAACAAAGUCGAUACUAAAAUGGUCUGUUAAUUGUAAAAUAGAAAGUAUAUUAAUAUGUCCAUUAUCCCUCUGUUUUGAGUUACCAAAUCAAAGAUAAGAAGGGUAAAUCAAACACGUCGGUAGAGAAAGAGGAAGGAAGUCUCAGGGGUAAUGACCAAAGAAAACACAUGGAAGCAAGGGAUACCACUACUAAGAUAGUUCAGUCCAUUGAGAGUUUUAAUCUUCUUGAUGAAGAUUGAUCUUCCCCCUCUAAAACUUAUAAACUCAGUCCUCGUCCUCUUUUGUUUCUUCUAUUUGAUAAAAUUCUUCUCGACCUUAUUUCAAUAUCAUGAUGGUAUUAAUUUUCUUCCUUAAAAUCCCAAAAUAUCGCCAAUCUGAUAGAUCUACUUGGUACAGAACUAGGACACUAUAUCAAGUAAGAAUGAGUAAAUAAAUCACAAAAUUUACAAACUAUCUAAUAUUUUAUGAUACGCUCAAAUUACUAUAUGCCAUAUCCCCAAGGAGGAUAGUAGAGUAGCUAUUUUUUUAAUGAUGAUAAAAUUUCUAAGAACUGCCUUGGUCCUGAAGUUCUGGAGUUAAAGAUGAAAAUUUUGAUAUGCUGAGCAAAGAGAUAAUGUAAUCCCUCCUUAAAACUUUUUAUUAUUCUAUUUCCGAAAUAAAAAUUUCUAGUCUAAUAUGUCGUGAACUAGAGGAAGGUUUUCUCGGUAAAAAUAAUUGAGAAGAUGACUAGAAUAGGAUGAUUUUCUUUUAAAAGUAAAAUAUGUACCACUUUCGCUUAGAUAACCAUUUGGUAUGUUAUAUUGGGGAAACUGUUUGGCAUUGUCAUGCUAUAUUGGGAAACUCAAGAGCAUAUGCAGUUUAAAUGCUUCCCAUAAGUGUUACAGCUAAAUAAGAAAAUAAUUGUACCCUAGCUGUAUUUGGGAUUUCAAACUUAACACUUUAGCAUGUUUUCCUUGGAGGUGUUAGCUCCAUGACCUACUGUCAGUAGACCUGAAUUCUUUCCUUCUAAACACUAUUUACCUUUUUUUUUUUAAAACAAAUUCAUAUAUAUUCCAAAUUGGUUGUUUUUAUAAUUUUGGAGAAUUUCAAUUCAAGCCAUUAAAUAAAUACAUUUUAUCAUCUUUGUGUGUGUGGGGGGGGGGUAGUUUAAGUAAUUAGAUUACAUUAGACUAGUCAUUUUUUAUUUCCCUCAUAAAUCAAAUUGAGUCAUGAAAUUUUCUCCACGAGCCUUAGGCUGUGACAUCUUGUUGUAAUUUAACUUUUCCUUUGUCAGUUUCUCCAUAUAUGAACCAAACUUCUUAAUCAAAUGUACUGUUCAACAGUCUCAAUCGACAAAAUUUUCUUAAGAUCUAUUGUCAUCUUGAUGAUUAAUUCAAUAGCUCAAAACCUAACAUACUCAAUCAUGGCAUAGGUCUCAAUUGAUUCCAAAUAGGCUCUAUUGUUUCUCUAAUGAGGAUAAUAGAGUAUGAAUGUACUUGAGUAUAUAAUCACUAUUAAUAAAAUUUAGCGUAGGCCUUUCUAAUUCUAACUUGAAUAAAAGAAAGAAAAAGUAAUGGUCCAGUACCAUUGAUCUUCUUCUCUGUAUGAACAUCCGUCAAUGUGAAUUACGAACAUAUGCACUAAUCACAGCUUAAACACUCUUGAAUGAACUAAUUACCCUCAGAUUAUAAUUAACAAUAUCUUAUUAGUUAAUCAUAGAGAUAAGAGGAAAAGGAAGGAAAACAAAAAGAGAAAGUGAUUAUUAGUUCAACAAGCGUGCCAGGUAAUACCUUCUUUUUACAUCUGAUUUAUGGGUCAAUUGGUUUAAAUGAAAAUUUAUUAUUUUAACUUUCUUUCUAAUAAGUUUCUAAUUUACAAUUAGGAUUCCAUAGCAAGCACAAAGUACCUUAUUCUGUAUAGAUUAAAUGUUUUCAAUAUGAUGAUUUCAUUACAGCUAGAUGAUUCACAAGGAAUGAAACAUACACAACUAUAUAGAACUUUCCCCACAAAGGUCAAUAUUGGACAAACACAAAAUUAUCUCUCUCUCUGUAAAGCCCUCUAUAAUUUCUCUAUAAUUUGCCAUAGCUGGCAAAGUGGUAUACAUUUAGUUGCUCUUUUCUUCUCUACUGCCUGUCAUAUCUGCUUCAGUAUAAUAUCUUGGCUCUUUGACCACAACCAUGGAUGAGAAAGUUUCAAUUGACCAGUUGAGCAGUACUGAAGUCUCAUUUUUUGGUCUUCGAGUUCUUCUUGUGGAUAAUAAUUCCACAUGCCUUAGGAUUGCUGAAACACUGCUCCAAACAUGCAAAUAUGAAGUUCUUGCUGUCAAAAAGGCAUUGGAUGCACUGGAUGUUCUUCGGUGUAGUCGAGGAGGAUUUGAUGUCAUUCUGACAGAGGUUCACAUGCCUGAAAUGAAUGGACUCGAGCUUCUUGACAGCAUAAAUGCUGAGUUCAAGCUUCCUGUUGUUAUGAUGUCUUCCGACACCAGCAAGCAGCUUGCUUGGAGAUGUUUGGAACAAGGGGCUUCAUAUUACUUUGUGAAGCCUUUAAAUAUUAACAGUGUUGGUAAGCUUUGGCAAUUUGUAUUUUUGAAAAAACAUGUUGAGUACCAGUGCAAUAUGGGAAGUGUUCAGGAAUCGCUGUGGUCUGAGGAAGCAUUACAGAAAGGUAUUGAGUGUACAGCCUCAGUCAACAGAGAGAUCUUUCUAUUCCAGAAUAAAAAAAGAAUGGUUUGGACCACUGAGCUUCACAAAAAAUUUGAGCGAGUUGUCAAUGAAAUAGGUGUUAAUGGUGCUACUCCAAAGAGAAUACUUGAGAUGAUGAAUGAACCAGGACUAGAAAAAAAGCAUAUAUCCAGUCAUUUGCAGAAGUACCGUUUGUCAUUGAAAGCAGGUGAGAAGCAACAAGAAUUUGAUGAUGAACCAAGUCUAAGUUCACUAGAUGAAGAAGAUGAACUCGUAAACUUUUCAUCAGCACCAUCACCCCCAGUUUCCAAUACAAAACAAGGAAAAGCUGAAUGUAUGACAUAUCAAACAAGUAAUGAUAGUUUCCCUGUGCCCAACUUUGGGUACCCAAAGUCAUUUCCAACAAGCAGUUCCGGAAUGUUGAAGCAACCUUUGCCUGAUCUUGUUGCCUAUUUUAAUCAGAAAAAUUACAUCAACUGCUCAUCUUCCCAAAUGAUACCACAUAAUGUUAGAAAUGAACCAUCUUUCUAUAGUGAUAAUGCCAUUGGCUCUGUCAGCUCUCUGGAAACAUUGAAAAUGGUUCAUCAACAGUCACAAAUGACAUUAACUACUCAAUCAUCAUCAGUUUCUUCAAGUAGCAUUGCAAGUGCAAACCAGUUGCCAGCAAUGUCUAGCAACAUUAUUGAAGAACCACCAUCGGUGCAAUCACCAGGACAUCUACAAAAUGACGAUAAAGUUAUAGAAGAAGCAGAUGAUAUCCUAUUCAAUUGGAUGAACUGUGGCUCUAUAUUCGAAGACUUCGAUUUUCCUGAUCAUUCAGUGGAGAAAUAAGUUCAUGAAGCAGGAACAGAAACUGAAUUUAAUAUCAGUGGGCACGAAUUAGAGGGUCAAACCUGGGAGAAACUUCAUCUUCAUCUUCAUCUAGAUAAGCGCUUAUUGAUUCAAUUUGAUGCCAUAUUUUAUGAGACUAAGUACUGUCGUAUAAAUUUUAUUGUGAUUGCACAUUUUCAGUCUAAAACUUUUAAUUUUUUUUAAUUAAACUUUGUUUGGAUUCGUUAAUGUCUUCUUCCAUUCAUUUCUUUCAUAUGAAACUUAUAGAAUUAUUUAUCCAAA